CACGGUGGCUCAUUUCGGGUAGUAUUGAAUUCGUGUUUCCUAUGCCUACUAGCGGACUGCGAGGACGAGAUUGCAGUCUGCAACUUCACUUUGUAGGUUUCUUAGACACUAUCAAAUUCAUUAUUUUAAUCUUACAUCAUUUUCACAAAAUUCCCAAUAUUUGAAAUAAAAUACCCAAACACAAGAAGUUAUAUAAAGCGGUGAUCAAAAAAGUCCAGCUGCUUCAAAAGGAAAUACAAAUGGCUUCUGCUGCCAUUAGACGUGGGGCCAGAGAAGUGAAACCGAUCUUAUCACUGGAUUUAGAUGAAUCCAGAAAAAGGGUCCUCAAUUUGUACAAAGCCUGGUUUAGACAGCUCCCUUACAUAGUGAAACAAUAUGAUAUACCAAUGAACAUAGAACAAUGUAGAAGUGUACUAAGGCAACAAUUCACUAAUAUGAUUGCAUAUCAAGAUGUAAGGCUCAUGGAUAUGAUGGUUAUCAAGAGUCAAAUGGAGUUGAAGGAGAUAGUGAACAUGUGGAAACAAAAAGGCCAUGUCAUGGCAUACUUUGCCAAAGACACUGUUGAACCCAAACCAAAAGAUUUCUUGUCAAAAUUCUUGUCUGGAAAAGACUAAGACAAACAUUUGAUAUUCAUCUAGUAGAAAAUGUAUUAUUUGUUAUGAAUUUUACCAAAUGAAAAUGUUUUACCAUA